UGCGGCUGCGCGGCGAUGGCGGCGGGGCGCGGCGCGGCGGCCGAGGCCUGCGUGGGGCAGGUGGUGCUGCCCGGAGACGUGCUGCUCCUCCCCGCCUACCCCGACGAGGACGAGGAGCGGCUGCGGCUGGGCGCCGGCGCGGCCCCGCGGGGCCGGCUGCUCUGCGGGCCGGGCCUGCGGCGGUGCGCGGCCGGGCUGCUGGUGACCAAGUGCGGCCUGCUGCGGCACCGCCAGGCGGGCGGCGGCGCGGCGGCGGGCGGCGCCUACUGGGUGGACUCGCAGCAGAAGCGGUAUGUUCCGGUCAGGGGCGACCACGUAAUAGGAAUAGUGACGGCCAAAGCGGGAGACGUGUUUAAGCUGGACGUCGGUGGGAGCGAGCAGGCUUCUCUGUCCUACUUGGCCUUUGAAGGAGCCACGAAGAGGAACAGGCCGAAUGUGCAGGUGGGAGAUCUUAUUUAUGGUCAGUUCCUUGUAGCAAAUAAAGACGUGGAACCAGAGAUGGUCUGUAUAGACAGCAGUGGAAGAUCAAGUGGAAUGGGAAUAAUUGGACAAGAUGGCUUCCUCUUUAAAGUUUCCUUAGGUCUAAUAAGAAAACUCUUGGCUCCCAAAUGUGAAAUAAUUCAGGAAUUGUCACAAUUGUACCCGUUUGAGCUGGUGCUGGGAAUGAAUGGAAGAAUAUGGGUAAAAGCAAAAACAGUUCAACAGACUUUAAUUAUAGUAAAUAUUUUGGAAGCCUGUGAGUAUAUGACUGCAGAACAGAGAAAACAAGCGCUUGCCAAAUUGUCAGGGAAUUGAUAAGAGAAAACCUUGAGGAUUUGUUUGAGAUGAUUGUAGGGUGUUUUGGUUAUUUUUGUGUUAGAUUUAUAUUAAAAGCCAUUUUUUAAAUGAA